UGGGAAACAGGAUUAGCUUCUUAGGCUCUCACUAGCCGCUAUGGCGGACGUGGCUGGAAAAGGAAGAAGCGGUUGGUUACUUCCAUGGACCACUUGAAUGACCUUUCUUUGUCGAGAUCCUGGUACCAGACCUGCUUCUCUUGUUUGCUGCUGCCGGGGUGGACACCAUGAACUACGUGGGCCAGCUGGCGGGGCAGGUUCUGGUGACGGUGAAGGAGCUCUACAAGGGAAUCAACAGGGCCACACUGUCGGGUUGCAUUGACGUCAUCGUGGUCCGACAGCCAGAUGGGACCUUCCAAUGCUCCCCUUUCCAUGUCCGCUUUGGCAAACUGGGAGUCCUUCGCUCCAGGGAGAAAGUGAUCGACAUUGAAAUCAAUGGAGAAGCGGUGGACUUGCACAUGAAACUUGGAGACAACGGGGAGGCUUUUUUUGUCCAGGAGACGGAAAAAAAUCAUGAGGUUGUCCCUGCACGCCUGCUGACCUCUCCCAUCCACACGGACGACGCUCCGAUGAAAAACCGAGAGCCCAGAAGUGUCAGAUCGGCAGCCGAGAGCAGUCAGCGUCUGAUGGGUCCGGAAGAGCGGGGAAGCCACCAUCCCCGUCCCAAUGCGUGUGGGAAGAAGAGGAAGAGAAGGAGGAGGAAGCACAAAGCUGACAUCCGCAAAGAGCAGCCAAGCCCGCCAGCAGGAAGCGAGCUGGACCUCUGUGGGCUCAGCUCAGAUGAGGAGAGCAAUGCGCACAGUGCAUGGACAUGCUCAACCUCAUUGAAGGACAAAACAGACAUUUUUGGACAUUCUGCAUUUGCUGCCCUUGAGUGGGACAGCUACCCUUUUUCUGACGGAGACUGGUCCCCCUGUACCGAGUGCAGGGAGAUGUCCGAGGCCACGUUGCCUAGCAGUGACUCUGAGCCCACAGAGAGCAUGCUCAGAACCGAGUCACACAUGCGGUGGACCUGGGGGGAGUUUCCAGAAUCCACAAGGGUCUCCAAAAAGGAGCCGUCCGAGCCAAAGGUUCUGACCAUCACCCCCACAGAAAGCACACAUUUCCGGGUCAUCUCAAGCCCAGAGUCAUGGAACGGCAAGCAAGCAGAAGAUAUGCUCUGCGACAUCGUUCGACCCGAACCUCGGAAUGUCCCGUCGUCCCAGGGCGGCUGCAACCCCAUUGACACCUCCUCAGCUCAGCACACGAGCAUGACCCAGCAUCAGGCGGAACCGAGAACCUUUCCAUCCCAGCCAUGCGCAGGCAACUCCAACCUCGGUGAGAAAGCCGUACGCAAAACCAGCUGGAAAUCUUCUCCACCCAGUCGCAGGGACAGCAUGAGCAGAGAUUCGAAUAGAACCUCGUCCAUGUCUGCAGCCGCCCCCGUAAAGAAAAAGGGUGUGAGGAAGAGGAGUCAACAUCAGGGCCCAGAAGAUAUUUAUCUGGAUGACCUGAAUGUGCUCGAGCCCCAUGUUGUCGCUCUGUACUUCCCCAAAAGUGAGUCGGAGCAGGUUCCAAAGCCCUGGGUCGAGACGGGGACACAGUCGGGCUCACAGUCGCCUCAGUCGAUGGGCAGCGGUGCCGCAGACAGUGGCACAGAGUGUUUGUCCGAUUCUGCCACCGACAUUCCUGAUGUCACACUGUCGCUCUGCGGCGGAGUCGGUGACAAUUCAGAAAUCGACAACGAAAGAUUCAUGGAUUACAUCAUCACCUAUCAUGAAUUUGCAGAAAACCCAGCGAUUAUUGACAAUCCCAAUUUGGUGGUUCGGAUUGGGCAUAGAUACUACAACUGGACUCUGGCAGCGCCGCUCAUCCUCAGCAUGCAGGCUUUUCAGAAGACGCUCCCAAAGCCCACAGAAGAAGCGUGGGUGAAGGACAGGACGCCAAAAAAGUCUGGCCGAUGGUGGUUCUGGAGAAAGAGCAGCGUGAAGCAGUCAUCAACAGAGACCAAGGCGGCACAGGACAGUCCAGACCUCAACAUACAAACACAGCAAAGAACAUCGGAGUGGUCCAGUGAUGACGAACCCAAAGACAUCGACGGCGGUCAGACACCAAGUGAGCGUGUGCAGACAGAAGGCCCCGCCCCUUGCCCCGCCUACAAGAAGUCCCUCCGCCUGUCAUCAGAGCAGAUUGUGGGUCUAAAGCUGAGAGAGGGGCCAAAUGAUGUCACCUUCAGCAUCACCACUCAGUACCAAGGCACGUGUCGCUGUGAGGGCACCAUCUUCCUGUGGAACUGGGAUGACAAGGUUAUCAUCUCAGACAUUGAUGGCACCAUCACCAAAUCUGACGUGUUUGGUCAGAUUCUGCCUCAGCUGGGCAAAGACUGGACUCAUCAAGGGAUCGCCAAGCUGUACCAUUCCGUGCACGAGAAUGGUUACAAGUUCCUGUACUGUUCGGCCCGAGCCAUCGGCAUGGCAGACAUGACGCGUGGAUAUCUACACAAGGUGAACGACCGGGGGACUCUCCUGCCUCGAGGACCACUCAUGCUCUCGCCAAGCAGCCUCUUCUCAGCCUUUCACAGAGAGAUGAUAGAAAAGAAACCUGAGAAGUUCAAGGUGGAAUGCCUCACGGACAUCAGGAAUCUGUUCUGCCCCAGCAUGCAUCCCUUCUUUGCAGCUUUUGGCAACAGAGAAAGUGACGUGUUGGCCUACAGGCAUGUGGGCGUGGCCGUGUGCCGUAUAUUCACGGUGAACCCAAAGGGCGAGUUAAUUCUGGAGCAGGCCAAAGGCAACAAAACAUCAUACGGCCGAUUGAGCGAGCUGGUGGAGCACGUUUUUCCCCUGCGGACUUGCCAACACAGCGCCGCCUUCAGCUACCCCGAGUACAGUUCCUUCUCGUACUGGAGGGAGCCCGUUCCCCCCGUGUGUUUGGAGGAGCUGCUUUAGGCACAUAUAGUACCUUCAUGUGAUGGAAUCCAAUAGCGAAGCUUUCAGUGAGAUCACUGGACUGAAAGGUGUUCUCUGGUAAAAAGAGAAAACACACUUUGGAAGGGAAAUGCAUGGUGACAGAUGAUGCAGAAGAAGCAGUAGUGGACUUACCUUGACUUGUCUGCCCGACCAGCUAAAGUAGGUUGUGAGGUUUUGCCUACCUAUGUACACAUAGCGCCAGUUCACCACAGAAGUUAUCUCAAGGCAUUUUACACACGAAGCAAGUCUAGAACCACACUUGUCAUACAUUAAAAUCGACGAUUGUGUCAUCUUGUCUGCCUUUCUUAUGCCAUUCAGUCACUCUGUCCAUAUGACUUCUUUCUAUGAAAGCAAGUUUGUAUCUUUUUGUUGAACGAUUUCCAUUUAAAUGUUAAUGCUGUGCAUGUGAGGUCUGUCUUGUCAAACUGGAAUGAUGAUCAUUUCAAUAGUUGGAACUGUAAUAAGGUCAUGUGUUCGUAGUAUUUACUAUACAUCACUUUCUGCAAUAAAAGUAUGACUGCCAAGAA